ACCUCAUUUUACUUCCUGUUUUCAUUUUUUCUCAGAAAUUUCAUCUCGAAAGUAGGAAAAAACUUCAGUGCUGCCACGUCAGGAUUACAGCUCUAGAUAAACACCUGGCGAAAUCCCAAAAGACACACACCAAAUAACUAGAACAGAAGAUUAUCAACCAAGCGGGAGGUUUGUUCCGUAAUGGAGAACAAAUAUAACUUGAAGAGUCCAGCUGUGAAGAGGUUGAUGAAAGAGGCAGCAGAACUUCGGGAUCCGACUGAACAUUAUCAUGCUCAGCCACUGGAGGAUAACCUGUUUGAGUGGCACUUCUCCGUUAGAGGACCUCCAGACUCUGAUUUCGAUGGUGGAGUUUAUCACGGUCGGAUUGUGCUGCCACCUGAAUACCCCAUGAAGCCCCCCAGCAUCAUUCUGCUCACUCCCAAUGGAAGGUUUGAAGUUGGGAAGAAGAUCUGUCUUAGCAUUUCUGGUCACCAUCCAGAGACAUGGCAGCCGUCAUGGAGUAUUCGGACAGCCUUAAUAGCAAUCAUUGGAUUCAUGCCGACUAAAGGGGAAGGAGCGAUAGGAUCUUUGGAUUACACUCCAGAGGAGAGAAGAGCUCUUGCUAAAAAGUCUCAGGAUUUCUGCUGUGAAACGUGCGGCAGCUGUAUGCGCUCCGCUCUGCUAGCACUCUCUCCUGACAGUGACCUGCGACCUGUUGACCCUCAGGCACACAGACUAGCCCAGCAAAUCAGCUUUAAGGCCGAUUCCAGCUCAUCAACUGCAGACAGUGGCAGUUCUGCAGCAGCAGCAGCAGCGGCGGAUUCCAGUAACAGUGAGAGCUCGAUUACAGAAGAGAGAGAAACAGAAGAAACUUCUGUGUCUUCAGCUGAGCAGACUGAAUCAUCAUUGGUGGAUGCUCAGACAUCAAGCGAGGGUCCAUCCGUUUCAACAGCUCCAAGUCCACGUCAGCGGCGCUCACAGAACCAAAACCAGAACCAGUCCCCGAGAUACCCCACAUUCACGGCAUCCCCCGCUGCCCAGCACCCACCGCAAGACACCAGUCACACGGGCUCAGCCGUCCUCAUAGUUCUCCUCACACUUGCGCUUGCUGCGCUCAUUUUCCGUAGAAUCUAUUUGGCCCACGAGUAUAAGUUUGAUUACGAGCUGUGAACUCUUUCUACACCACCGGAAACCUGCUACUGUCAUUCUGUCCACGUCCAGAUCUAGCGCACUCUCUGUCUUAUCAGGCCAGAUGUGUGUUUGUCCUUCCUGGACACCCUCCCAGACAUUUGUGUCUUCAUAAAAUGGAACAAGAUUUCUAGAUGUAUCUUCAGAACAAAACCUGAACAGGGCGAAUCUCAGUAAGCUUGUCAAGAACAUGUCAAUGGAAACUUGUUUUCGCCACAGGGAAAUAAAAGGUAACUACGACUUUUUAUUAAAUUUCUAAAAAAAAAAUUCUCGCAGUUGCUAGUUUAUAUCUCGCAAUCCUGCAAUUCUGACUUUAUAACUCGCAAAAUUGCGAGAUAAAAUUGCAAUUACCUUUUAUUAUUAUUUUUUUUUUAUUUGGUGGCAGAAACAAGCUUCCAUAGAUUUCACCCCUGAAAAAAACUUAUUUAUAUUUUACAUAAAGACAGUGAAGUCUGUUUUUGGACCAUUAAGAUUUUUUUUAUUGAUUGUAAUGUGACAAUUAUACCCUAGCUAUUUUAAAUGUUAAGUAUUUAUGAUUCAUGGUGGUAAUUAUUGUACUGCCUUUUAAUUUUGGAAAAUUUUAUUAAAAAAAAUAAAAGGAAAAUCUUUGUGUCUGGGCAGACCAUCUAGACACAUUACUGAAAAAUAUCACAUGUAAUUAGAACUGGGUACUGUUCUUGUUUUCUUUAUGCAAAAAAUAAUUAAUAAAAUUACUUUUUGUUUUGGGGUGAAAUAUGACAAGAGGCUUUCUACAGUUCCUGCAAUAUAUUGAGGGUUUAAUCUCAACCUGUUUCCCAAAUAAUGCAUUUCAGUACCAAUGUACAAAAUUUGGUAUUAGACUGAAACAAACUAAAAACCUGAGAAUUUGCAGACGUCUGAUGUGCUUCUGAAAUGUAUGUGUCUCGGAAUUGAUCAUUUACGCACUAUAAUAAUGUAGGCAUGGUUGUAAUAUUGUAUUUUACUUUUAAACAGUUAAAAAAACAUAUCCACUUGGAAAGAUGAACCUCUCUGGUUGCUAAUUUUCAGAAAACAUUCAAGCAGUCACAACAAUAAUGUUUUUAAGUUUUACAAAUAUUUCUUAAACUCAGCAGCAUAAUACAUGAAUUAAUGGUGUAGACGAAAGCUAUACUGCCCCUAUGUUGAGAGACAACAUCAUGUUUUACUUCCUUAAGCAACAACCAGUAGUUUUCUUUAAUAACGAAUAAACCUGACUUAUCCAUAACUGUUUGCUCUUUUCACUCUGUCAUGUAGGGUUUGAAGUACUUUGCUGCACUGAAGUGAUAAUAUUAAACUAGGCAUGCAACCUGCAGCAUUUAUUUUAUUGACAUGAAGGGUAAGAGUGUGUGGCUUGGUUGUUACUUCUCAGACUUUGACAUGGUGGGCGAUAAAACCACCGGCCAUAAGAGAACCAAAAAAAAAAAAAGGCCAGUAACCAACCAAAAACACCCUAGAGUUGUGGCGGCACAAGAACUGAAUCUAGUAUUUUUAUUAUUUUCAUGUUUCUCUAUUUACUCCAUAUAUCAAUAUGUGCAAAAUAGUUUGGCUUAUAAGAUUGUGUUAAAUCAUUUAUAUAUUAUAUCAACAUACUGUAUAAGGCUUUGACAUUUAAUGUCGGGCAUUGUGAUUGAUGUCUACUACUGUUAAACACAGAUGAUCAUUAAAACAUUUAAAUGAAUCAGA